AUGACAAGAGCUCUCCUCGGCCGGCCCCUGGAGCUCCCAAGGCUUGCGUAUCAAGCCCAAGUCCUUCGAAGACGCGCCACCACUGAAGCGACACACACCAAAUUACGUCCUGCUCUCCCUAGCGAAAACCCAUACGCCGACGAAGUAGAACCCAGUCAACAUGUCUUCUCCGUCUUGCGCGAGCACAAUAUGUGGUUCCCGGACAAACUGCGUGGCUUCAAAAUCGGCAAUCUGAAGGGAAACAACCCAUACAAGCUGAACGUCUUCUGCUCCCAGAGCCACUGUCUCGAUAUCCAGGCGAUGAAGUACCUCGAUCGCCAGGAGCAUCCUUACGCCCAGUCCAUCCUGGAACUAUACAUUGCGAAGAAAAGCCGGCCGUUAUGGUACAGCGCCUUCUGCUUGCCUAACACCGGUGCAGGCGUGUUCCCCAGCGCUGUUGCGGAAAGGAAGCUGAAGCAUGCUAUGCGGGAUGCACUGGCUGAGGCUGGAUACGGUCGAGACGGCAGGAGAAGCACGAACGACGACGACCCGGGUGCUGUGGGCGACUUGCACGGGACACUCAAAGUUGUGUGCAGCGACGCGAAGGCUGUAUGCAACGCCAGGUUCGUGGACCUCUUGGACGUCGCCAAGGAUAUCAUAUUGCCAGUGGAGCUGGAGCUUCGACGAGAUCAGAAUGGCAAACACCUGAAGCGAGUUGAGUACCGACACCACGCGGCUGGGGGCAAAGGACGACCAGCGCCAGCCCGCAGAAGGUAG